AUGAAGCCAACAGAAAAUCCUCAACCACAUGAAACCAGCAAACCAUCAAGUGACAGAACACUUGCUCUGACGGUGUGCUCUGCUGCCAUUGGAGGCACCUUCCAGUAUGGAUACAAUAUUUCAGUCAUUAACUCCCCCACAGGCUACAUCCAGACUUUCAUCAAUGAUACCUACACAGCACGCUGGGGUACAGGCUUGGAAACUCCCCAUGUGACUCUGGUGUGGACUCUUAUUGUAUCGGCUUUCUCGCUGGGAGGUUUGCUUGGGGCCCUGCUGGCCGGCCCCAUGGCUGUCCAUUUUGGGAGGAAGAAGUCUCUGCUUUUGAACAACUCAUUUUUAUUUGUAGGAGGUUUGUUUUUUCUUCUGUGCAGGGUUGCAAGAUCAUUUGAGAUGAUCAUCUUGGCUAGGUUCCUCAUGGGGAUUAAUUCAGGUGUGAGUAUGAAUGUCCAGCCUAUGUACUUUGGAGAAAGCGCCCCCAAAAAUCUCAGAGGAGCUGUGGCUUUUUCCUCUGCUGUUUUCACCGCUUUUGGGAUUUUCAUUGGUCAAGUUGUGGGACUGACUGAUGUGUUGGGCGCAGAGCCUCUCUGGCCUUACUUACUAGCCAGCAACAUGCUUGCCGGCAUGAUCCAGAUGCUUACACUACCCUGGUUCCCCGAAAGCCCCAAAUAUCUGCUCAUUGACCGUGGAGACAGAGUAGCAUGCGUCCAGGCUCUUGAAAGACUCCGUGGUGGUGUGGCUCCAGCUGUGGAAAUACAGGAAAUGCUUGAAGAACAGAAGAGGCAAUCAAAUGCUGGUCCUGCACCUUCUGCUAAGACACCUUGGUCCCUUUUAAAGGAUCGUGACCUGCGAUCCCAACUCAGAACGGUCAUGGUGGCCAGUAGUUCCAUGAUGCUUUGUGGCAUUGACUCCAUCUACUUCUAUGCUUCUUACAUCUUCGCUGAGGCAGGCAUCCCUACAGAUAAAAUCCAGUAUGCAACCAUUGGAACAGGAGCAUCUGAACUUACUGCUACUAUACUGAGCAACCUCCUGAUUGAACGCGUGGGCCGGAAGGGUCUUCUCAUAGGAGGCUACACUCUGAUGUCAUGCUGGGCUGUUGUCUUCACAGUAGCCCUCACACUGCAAAGACAAGGAGUAGAAGGGAUGUCGUACAUCAGCAUGGUAUGCGUGUUCUCCUACAUCCUUAGUUUUGGUUUAGGCCCUGCAGGUGUGACAGGUAUCCUACCAGCAGAACUCUUUGACCAGUCAGCCCGACCUGCAGCAUACACGGUCGCCGGAUCUCUACUGUGGCUCAAUCAGCUCCUAGUGGGAAUGUUGUUCCCUUUUAUCGUCACCAAUCUGGGGACAGUUUGCCUGCUGCCGUUCUUAGCUGUGUGUUUGGUGUCAGCUGUGUUUUUGGGGUUCACGUUUCCAGAGACGAAGGGCAAGACCCUGGCAGAGAUUACAGCAGAGUUUGACAAAAAAAAUGGACAAAGGAAGGAGAGGCCUCAUGAAGGAUUAAGUCGGCUCCUCCUCUACCUUACCAGAAGAUCCUCAUCUUUGUGA